AUGACUUCAAUGCUGCGUGCCAACGAAAAGGCCUUUGGCGACACCCUGGCCGAGAUUAACAGCCUUGUCAACGAGAUCAAGGAUCUCGAUGGCGAUGAGAAAAAGGCUCGCGUUCGCACAGCCGAGGAAAAGGUCGACAACGCCCACGAACUCGUGGAGCAGCUUGAACUCGACGUACUUGACGUGCCCAUCUCUGAGCGCAAGCCUAUCCAGCAUCGCAUCAAAGCCUACAAUGAUGAGUUGACAACGGCCGAGAAGAACUUGGUUCGUGGCCCUCCUCCCCCGGCGGCCAGCCGAGUGCUAGCUCUCCUCACGCACCCUUCUCCGCAACAGAAACGAGCGGCCGUAUCCAUGGCAGGAAGCCAGAACGCACGCGACGAACUCUUUGGCUAUGACGGCUCUUCAGAAAACGCGCGGCAAGCACUGGUAUCCAACACGGAGCGUUUGGACCGCACGUCCCAGCGACUGCAAGAUGGCCACCGUGUUGCCCUUGAAACGCAAGAAGUAGCUGUUAGCAUCAUGGAUAACCUUCACGAGCAGCGCGAGACCAUUGAGCGCUCCCGCGGCCGGGUUCAAAAUGUGGAUAGUGAGCUUAGCUUCUCCAACCGCGUGUUGAAUGGCAUGAUUGCCCGAGCGAAACGCAACAAGGUGGUGGCUUUCCUCAUCAUCACCAUUGCCCUGGCUCUCAUCAUCGUCAUCAUCUAUUUGAUUGCCACCAAACAUUAG